AUGCUUCCCCUACGCUUAACCGUCGUCGUUUCGUCUCUCCUCCUUUCUUGCAUCUUCCAACCCUUCUGCCUCGGGAUCCGCUCUUUCCCCACCACCACCGCCUCCACCGCCACCACUACCACCAACAGCCUCUUUCACUUCUCCGAAGCCCCGGAGUAUCGCAAUGGAGCGGGUUGCCCUGUCCCCGGCAACAAAAACUCCAUCCCGUCAUGCGACCCGUCUCUAGUCCACAUCGCAAUGACACUCGACUCCGGCUACCUACGCGGCUCUAUCGCCGCCGUUCAUUCCGUUCUCCGCCACUCCUCCUGCCCCGAAAACGUUUUCUUCCAUUUCAUCUCCGCCGAGUUCGACCCAGUGAGUCCGCGUCUCUUGACUCGUCUGGUAAGAUCCAUUUUCCCGUCGCUAAACUUCAAAGUUUACAUCUUUCGUGAAGACACUGUCAUAAACCUCAUCUCCUCUUCCAUUCGUUUAGCCUUAGAAAACCCAUUGAACUACGCGAGAAACUACCUCGGCGACAUGCUUGACUCGUGCGUGGAGCGAGUUAUCUAUCUUGACUCGGAUAUUGUCGUUGUGGAUGAUAUCUUCAAGCUAUGGAGUGUGAAAAUGGGUGAGUCGAAAGUUAUCGGUGCGCCAGAAUAUUGCCAUGCGAAUUUCACCAAGUAUUUCACAGACGAAUUCUGGGUUGACCCUUUGUUAUCUCGUGUGUUUGGAGCAAGAAAAGCUUGUUAUUUCAACACGGGUGUGAUGGUGAUGGAUAUGGUGAAAUGGAGAGAAGGGAAUUACCGGAAGAGGAUUGAGAAUUGGAUGGAGUUGCAGAAGAAGAAGAGGAUUUAUGAGCUGGGUUCUUUGCCACCGUUUUUGCUUGUUUUCGCAGGAAAUGUCGAAGCUAUUGAUCAUAGAUGGAACCAACAUGGACUUGGGGGUGAUAAUUUGAAUGGGGUUUGUAGAUCUUUGCAUCCUGGUCCUGUCAGUUUGUUGCAUUGGAGUGGGAAAGGGAAGCCAUGGGUAAGACUGGAUGAGAAGAAACCUUGUCCUUUGGAUUCACUUUGGGAGCCUUAUGAUCUUUAUAAGCCUAGGACUUAUAAAGAUCAAGAGAUUCAACCUUUGAGUUUUUCCUCUUCGAUUUUGGUUGGAUAUGCUCAUGAUUUGUUGUGA